AUGAUCGGUGCAGUUGCUGUUUCAAUUGUUGAAAAAGCAAGCGGAAGAGAUACGGCAAAUACACUUUCUAUCAUUUGGUCAUUGCUUUUUCCCACUUAUAAUUUAAGUCUUUGCUUUUCGAAAGCUUACACAAAUGAACAUAUGUAUGAAACAUGCAAAAUAGUUGAUUGUUCAAUUGGAGAGAUUCGGAAGACUGCUAAGGAAUGUUGUGGUACCAUUGAUGAAAUUCUUUAUGUUGAUAAUAUGUUAACAAGUACGGGUAAAAUGGGAAUGGCAUUAAUGGUGGCAUUUUUAUUUCUUCAUUCUAUUAUUUUUUGGCUUGCUAUUGCUGCGUAUGAGACAAAUUUCAUUGGAACUAUUAAACGAUGGUUAAACAAAAAUGCUAAGGGUGAUAAUAAGAUAGUUGACGUAGGAAAUUCUCAAACGUGUAAUGAAGACACGGAUGUUAUGAUGGAGAAAGAAAAAAUACGUGAAAUGAAGAAUGGUGAUGCAUUAGUGAUCGUACGCAAUCUUGAGAAGUGGUUUGGAGAUGUGAACGCUGUGAAGAAAAUUAAUUUCCAUGUUGCAAAAGGGGAAUGUUUCGGCUUACUAGGUGUAAAUGGAGCUGGUAAAACGACAACAUUUCAGAUGCUAACUGGUGAAAGUAAAAGCUGUGCGGGUGAUGCUUACAUUCACGGUUUUAAUAUUCAAACACAGUGGCGAAAAGCAUAUGAUCAUAUCGGAUACUGUCCACAGUUUGAUGCACUUAUCGGCGAGAUGACUGGUCAAGAAACGUUACAGAUGUUUGCACGGUUACGUGGAGUCAGAGAGUGUGAUAUCACGCAAAUAACCGAUUCGAUGAUUCAUACUGUCGCACUCGAUAAAUAUAAAAAUAAUCUGAUUAAAACAUACAGGUUAGCUUUAAGUAAGACCUUUUACAUAACUGAUCUCUUAUCAUUCUCCCACUUGUGA